AUGUUGACCCAGAUUAAUGUGUCAGCAGUGGAAAAACGUUCUCCCCGGCUCCAAAACUCAAUCGAGAAACUUAUCCGGCAGAACGAAGAAUUGUUGCGAAAGAAUUCGUCAUUACAAAAACAAGGACGGAUGAUCGUCGAAGAGAAAAUGGAAAUUAUUCGACGUCAGGUGCAAAAACUGAAGAAGGAACAUUCUAAUUACGACGCUUACUUAGCAUACGGAUCGCGGUCUGUAAACACUACAGCAAGCAGCAACACAUUUUUCCAAUGGUGGGUUCAGUCGCUUUGCCAAACUGGUUCUAUGGCUGAUUUCAGGUCGAUGACGAGCCCCGAUUUACGUUGGCUGAAUUACGUGAAAGUGCUACAGGAGAAGAACGUGCUCAAAGGACGAGUAAUGGAACUUGAAGAAGAGCUGGAGAAUCUCCGACCAGGACGAAAGGAACGCGAACGGGACGAUCUUCUG